AUGGGAGAAGGGGAUGGAAUCUGGGAGAAGGGGAUGGAAUCUGGGAGAAGGGGAUGGAAUCAGGGAGAAGGGGAUGGAACUUGGGAGAAGGGGAUGGAAUCUGGAGAAGGGGAUGGAAUCUGGGAGAAGGGGAUGGAAUUUGGGAGAAGGAGAUGGAAUCUGGGAGAAGGGCAUGGAAUCUGGGAGAAGGGCAUGGAAUCUGGGAGAACGGGAUGGAAUGUGGGAGACGGGGAUGGAAUCUGGGAGAAGGGGAUGGAAUCUGGGAGAAGGGGAUGGAAUCUGGGAGAAGGGGAUGGAAUCUGGGAGAAGGGGAUGGAAUCUGGGAGAAGGGGAUGGAAUUUGGGAGAAGGGGAUGGAAUCUGGGAGAAGGGGAUGGAAUAUGGGAGAAGGGGAUGGAAUCUGGGAGAAGGGGAUGGAAUCGGGGAGAAGCGGAUGGAAUCAGGGAGAAGGGGAUGGAAUUUGGGAGAAGGGGAUGGAAUCUGGGAGAAGGGGAUGGAUUCUGGGAGAAGGGGAUGGAAUUUGGGAGAAGGGGAUGGAAUAUGGGAUAAGGGGAUGGAAUCUGGGAGAAGGGGAUGGAAUCUGGGAGAAGGGGAUGGAAUUUGGGAGAAGGGGAUAGAACCUGGAGAAGGGGAUGAAAUCUGGGAGAAGGGGAUGGAAUCUGGGAGAAGGGGAUGGAAUUUGGGAGAAGGGGAUGGAAUUUGGGAGAAGGGGAUGGAAUCUGGGAGAAGGGGAUGGAAUCUGGGAGAAGGGGAUGGAAUCUGGGAGAAAGGGAUGGAAUCUGGGAGAAGGGGAUGGAAUCAGGGAGAAGGGGAUGGAAUCUGGGAGAAGGGGAUGGAAUCUAGGAGAAGGGGAUGGAAUCUGGGAGAAGGGGAUGGAAUCUGGGAGAAGUGGGGGAUGGACCCUGGGAGAAGGGGAUGGAAUCUGCGAGAAGGGGAUGGAAUCUGGGAGAAGGGGAUGGAAUCUAGGAGAAGGGGAUGGAAUCUAGGAGAAGGGGAUCGAAUAUGGGAGAAGGGGAUGGAAUCUGGGAGAAGGGGAUGGACCCUGGGAGAAGGGGAUGGAAUCUGGGAGAAGGGGAUGGACCCUGGGAGAAGGGGAUGGAAUCUGCGAGAAGGGGAUGGAAUCUGGGAGAAGGGGAUGGAAUCUAGGAGAAGUGGGUGGAAUCUGGGAGAAGGGGAUGGAAUCCGGGAGAAGGGGAUGGAAUCUGGGAGAAGGGGAUGGAAUCUGGGAGAAGGGGAUGGAAUCAGGGAGAAGGGGAUGGAAUUUGGGAGAAGGGGAUGGAAUCUAGAGAAGGGGAUGGAAUCUGGGAGAAGGGGAUGGAAUUUGGGAGAAGGAGAUGGAAUCUGGGAGAAGGGAAUGGAAUCUGGGAGAAGGGCAUGGAAUGUGGGAGAAGGGGAUGGAAUCUGGGAGAAGGGGAUGGAAUCUGGGAGAAGGGGAUGGAAUCUGGGAGAAGCGGAUGGAAUCUGGGAGAAGGGGAUGGAAUCUGGGAGAAGGGGAUGGAAUCUGGGAGAAGGGGAUAGAAUCAGGGAGAAGGGGAUGGAAUCUGGGAGAAGGGGAUGGAAUGAGAGAGAAGGGGAUGGAAUCGGGGAGAAGGGGAUGGAAUCUGGGAGAAGGGGAUGGAAUUUAGGAGAAGGGGAUGGAAUCUGGGAGAAGGGGAUGGAAUCUGGGAGAAGGGGAUGGAAUCAGGGAGAAGGGGAUGGAAUCUGGGAGAAAGGGAUGGAAUCUAGGAGAAGGGGAUGGAAUCUGGGAGAAGGGGAUGGAAUCUGGGAGAAGUGGGUGGAAUCUGGGAGAAGGGGAUGGAAUCCGGGAGAAGAAGAUGGAAUAUGGGAGAAGGGGAUGGAAUCUGGGAGAAGGGGAUGGAAUCUAGGAGAAGGGGAUGGAAUCUGGGAGAAGGGGAUGGAAUCUGGGAGAAGGGGAUGGAAUCUGGGAGAAGGGGUUGGAAUCUGGGAGAAGGGGAUGGAAUCCGGGAGAAGGGGAUGGAAUAUGGGAGAAGGGGAUGGAAUCUGGGAGAAGGGGAUGGAAUCUGGGAGAAGGGGAUGGAAUCAGGGAGAAGGGGAUGGAACUUGGGAGAAGGGGAUGGAAUCUGGAGAAGGGGAUGGAAUCUGGGAGAAGGGGAUGGAAUUUGGGAGAAGGAGAUGGAAUCUGGGAGAAGGGCAUGGAAUCUGGGAGAAGGGCAUGGAAUCUGGGAGAACGGGAUGGAAUGUGGGAGAAGGGGAUGGAAUCUGGGAGAAGGGGAUGGAAUCUGGGAGAAGGGGAUGGAAUCUGGGAGAAGGGGAUGGAAUCUGGGAGAAGGGGAUGGAAUCUGGGAGAAGGGGAUAG